AUGACCAAUGGAGGGAGGAACAUUGUGGUAACCGGCUCCGGAUUUGACAUAAUCCAGACUGCAAUCAUGAAGGUCCAGGGAGGCAACUGGUCGGCUUCAGAGCUUGCCCAUGAGAAGAACGACACAGUCAUCCAGUUUCAGUCUCCAACAGUAAACGGCUCCUUAAACCAGCACUUGAAAACAGUCAUCAAGCUGGACAACUGGGAGAAGGAGCUGAAGCCCUUUCACUACCACCCUAACCCCAGCUUCAAUAAUCUACAAAACAAGAUCAUCACUGCGAACAGCAUGAUUAUCGUUACUGGUCGGGGAUUCUCCAAAGCGAUGACAACUAAAGAAGCACAAGCCUUCGUAGGCGACGUUCAGUGUGUGGUCAACACCCUUCAGGAUGAUAAGCUGUUCUUGGAACCACCUUCCACCACGCCUCGUGCUCCUACUCGCUCCAAACAUCAGCACAGAGAGACGGGGUCGGAGAAUCUGGAGCUAAUGAUCAAGUUUGGGAAAGGGGAGUGGGUGGUCGACUCGGUGCAAUACGAGACGAAGAAUGAUUUCCCGCUCUACAUCAUCAUCCCUGCUGUCAUUGUGCCCAUGCUGCUCAUCAUCACUAUCUCUGUCUACUGCUACAGGAGGAAGAGUCAGCAGGCAGAGAGGGAGUAUGAGAAGGUGAAACACCAGCUUGAGAACCUGGAGGAGAGUGUACGAGACCGCUGCAAGAAGGAAUUCACAGACCUAAUGAUUGAGAUGGAGGACCACACCAAUGACCUGAAUGAGGGACGAAUCCCUUUCCUGGACUACAAGACGUACACAGACAGAGUCUUCUUCCUGCCCUCUAAGGACGGUGCCAAUGAUGUGAUGAUCACAGGGAAGCUAGACAUACCAGAGGCUCGCAAGGCCACCGUGAUUCAGUCUCUCAACCAGUUCUCCAACCUCCUGAACUCCAAGACAUUCCUCAUUAAUUUUAUCCGUACCCUGGAGCGCAGUCAUGACUUUAACGCCAGGGCCAAGGUUUACUUUGCCUCCCUGUUAACAGUAGCUCUGCAUGGGAAGCUGGAAUAUUACACCGACAUUAUGAGAACACUGUUGUUGGAGCUGAUGGAGGAAUAUGUCAACAGCAAGAACCCCAAACUAAUGCUGCGCAGGUCAGAGACAGUGGUGGAGCGGAUGCUGUGUAACUGGAUGUCAAUCUGCCUUUACCAGUUUUUGAAGGACUCUGCAGGCGAGCCCUUGUACAAACUGUUCAAAGCCAUCAAGCACCAGAUUGAGAAAGGCCCCGUGGAUGUCAGAGUGAAGAAAGCCAAAUACACCCUCAAUGACACAGGCCUGUUGGGUGACGACGUUGAGUACUCUGUCCUGACCUUGCAAGUGCUGGUUCAAGGCGAGGGGCCGGAUGUUACGCCCGUCAAGGUGCUGAACUGUGACACCAUCUCGCAGGUGAAAGAGAAGAUCAUCGAGCAGGUGUACAGGAACCUGCCAUACUCCCAGCGGCCCAAAGUCGACAGCGUCACCCUGGAGUGGCGCCCUGGCUCAACGGGCCAGAUUUUGUCGGAUCUGGACUUGACCUCCCAGAAAGAAGGCAGGUGGAAACGCAUCAAUACUCUGGCACACUACAACGUGCGGGAUAACGCCACAUUAGUUUUGUCCAAAGUGCAGCACACGCAACAGAACUAUGACCAGAAUCAGGAAAACCACGAGGAGCGAAAUGCUUUAUUGGAAGAUGAUAAAGUGUUUCACUUGGUGAGGCCAACAGACGAACUGGAUGAGACCAAAUCUAAACGAGGAAGCAUAAAGGACAAGUCGAUGACCAAAGCCAUUACAGAGAUCUAUCUAACAAGACUCCUUUCCGUAAAGGGAACACUGCAGCAGUUUGUGGAUGACUUCUUCCGCAGCGUGCUGUGCUCUGGGGCAGUGGUCCCACCAGCUGUCAAAUAUUUCUUCGACUUCCUGGAUGAGCAAGCGCUGAAACACAACAAUGUGGAUGAGGAGACUAUCCAUAUCUGGAAGACGAAUAGCCUGCCUCUGCGGUUCUGGGUGAACAUCCUCAAGAAUCCCCACUUCAUCUUUGACGUCCAUGUGUCUGAAGUGGUGGACGCCUCACUCUCUGUCAUCGCCCAGACUUUUAUGGAUGCUUGCACCAAGAGUGAGCACAAACUCAGCCGGGACUCGCCAAGUAACAAACUACUCUAUGCAAAGGAGAUCUCCACCUAUAAGAAGAUGGUAGAUGAUUACUACAAGGGCAUCAGGCAGAUGAUAUCUGUCAGCGACCAGGACAUGAACACUCACUUGGCAGAGGUGUCACGGUCUCACACAGACAAACUGAACACACACGUGGCUCUCCAUCAGCUUUACCAGUACGCCAGCAAAUACUAUGAUGGGAUCAUCGCUUCUCUGGAAGAGGACCCAGCUGCCCAGAGUAAACAGCUAGCCCUGCGGCUCCAGCAGAUAGCAGCCGCCCUGGAAAACAAAGUGACUGAUCUCUAACCCACUAAGUGGAGGGAGGAACCAAGGGAAGGGGGAAUAUCGCCAGUGACUACAGGGGCUUAUUUCUUUCUUUUUUUUCUUUUUUUUUUAGUGAAUAAAUUCCAGAAAUGAGGAAAUGUGAGAAAUGGGCGUGUUUAUUGUACAACUUGGUCCUGGGGUAAUUUUCUGUUCUGUGUGAAGUAACAGACUAAUAAAAUGCAGAAAGAGAGGAGACAGGAAGAAAAUGGUGGGUUACACUGUCAUAGGUACGCCUUAAAGCUCACUUGCCAAACCUUAAAGGUCUGCGCACUCAUUCAUGCUUCACUGAAUAUUGCUCCCACAAUGCAGUGCGGCAGAACUCUCUCUGAGAUUUAAGCCCCUCUGUGGAGCACUGGCAUAGGAGAUAAUCAGAUGUUCAAUUUCUCUCUGUGUAAAAAAAAAAAAAUGGUUUUAAGAGUUGUAUUAUAUAUUUUUUUUAUCGUGCAGUCUUUAUGCGGAAAGCUUUAUAAGAAAAAAUAUCUUUUUAAAUGGAUCACCUUGUGGUGCGGAUAGUGUUUUUAUUAGCCUGUGUAUGCGUAGAUGCCUGUGUGAAGUACUUGUGGAAAAAACAAAAAAGAGUGUGUGCUGCUGAAUUUAAGUGUGCGUUUGGGUGGAUUGCACGUGUGCGAAUGUGUGAAAUUGUGCGUGCACACACGGGAUGCCUACUGUCAGGCGCGAGGGUGACAGGACGCCUGCUUUGUCGUUUUAAUUCCCCCAUACUCAGUAACACACUGGAGCCUGUGCUCUCAAUGAGCUUUAUGACAGAGACCAAAGGGUCCUCAAAAGGACGCUGGUUAAUCUAGCAAUGUACAGGCUCAUAUGAAUGACAGAUCACCAGGCGUUUCAGAAACAUUUGAGUUAUAUUCUUUUUCUUUUGACUCGGAUUUGGUUCCGGCUGGAUUGCCUGUUGUGCUCGUGGAAAUCGAUAAUAGCACAGUCUGUCUCCCUUUAUUGUACAGUGCCAUGAAACAUUCCACUUCAACUAAAGCACAGAAGGACAUUUAAUACGUUUUAAAGAUAUUAUAGUUAAAGACUGUGUUUAAGUUUUUUUUCCUUUGCUAUAUUGUUUUAUUUUUAUAUACAUAUAUGUAUCAGCAAGAAGCAACCAUUUUUCCUGCCACAGAUUCGUGUCACUCAUAUUAGCCCUGCAAUAAUGUCAGUAUACCAUGAGCCACAAUCAACAGUUGCAUUUGCUUACUAAAGUAGCAGUUCAGCAAUAUGUUAGAAGACUAUUCAAAUUGUUUUAUGCAUUGCUCAUGUUUAUGAUUUUUGUACCAUAUUUUUAGUAUUACCCUUGUAAUGUUCCAAAUAGUCAUCACGAAUUCUGCCUCUACAGCUAUGAAAUAGCCUGUCGCUGAUGUUAAUAAUUUAGAUGAGAUUCAGUCGGUACUUAAAUGGCAUGCUCUGAACAAUUAUCGUGGAUUUAGCCUCUGUAUGAUGUCGGGGGAGGGAGGGGGGUUGUUUGGUUCAGUCGUGUACAUAAUUGUUAUAUUAAUUGGGUUAUUGAUAUGUCAGUGUCAGAACCGAGGUGUCGCCAGGGUAGGUUGGUUAUUUCUUGGGCCAUUAGACGCCGUCCCUAAAUUGUAGGCCUUGCUGUUGACAGAUGAUUUAAUUGUACUCGCUGUAUCUGAUCAUGGGUGUGUGGAUUUGACGGCGCAUGACGCUCUCCACAGCCCCAAGAAUGUUAAUGAUUCCUGCCUUCGCUAGAGAGAGGUGUGCACAGACCUCGAGCUUGCCUGCCUGCUGUCUCAGCAUGGCACCCUGGCAUCCCGACCAACAGCACUUGGCACUGCCCACUCAGCGCAGUGCAGAGUGGCACUCUGUAUAAUGGAAUCAGCAGGGGAGGCUUUUGAUCUUAAUUGCAUGCCAACUGCAGGCUCCAUCCUUGUCUCCGGUGUUGUUUACUGCUGAGUCCUUUCUUACUGACAGAGUUGAUGCAAGAAGCUUCUUUCAGAGCCUUUCUUUCACCAAAAAUGUGCCUUAUAUAGGAUAUUACAUAUAUUGUUUCUAAGUUAUUCUACUGGUAACCUAGGUGACUAUGAUGAUGAUAGUGAUAUAGACACAGCAAUGUAUUUGGACUUGUGAUCUUAUGUGUGCUGUCUCAAAUGCUAGAUGCCCUGCUGCAGCCAUUUGCGUGCCAAUAGGCUGAAGAUGUUUCAGUAAGAUUUCUUUUAUGGUUGCAAUUUUGACGUGUGCAUUUCCUUUGGGUGUCUGUGGUGUGUGCUUAGUAGGACUUUGGUGGGUAAGGCAAAAAAAGAAAAAAGAAAAAAAAAAAGCCAAACUGAUUAAAUGUAAAACAGUGGCCAAUGUGAUUUGGGUUUCCCUUGAAAAUGUCUGGCAUUCCUAAAUUAGUCUGAAGCCAAAAGGUUAUCCUUAUGUAGAUGGAUAUGCGCAAAAUUGUUCCAGUUGUGUUCAUUUUUUGCCCUGUGUUUCUCAGCUGUUCCACAGUGUGUACGAUAAAUGACUAUCUAUACUCGACAAAUGACCGUUCUUACUGCUGUGCAGUUAUUAUUUUUAUUUCUCGUUUCCUAUAUCAUAUAAAUCUUUGUAAAACGCGUUGAAAUACUGUAUUCUAUCUGUAUAAUCCUAUGCAUUGAGUCCUGGGACAAAAAUAACAAAAGUGAAAAAAAAAAAACCUGUUUGUGCAGUUGUCGAGACCUUUUUUUUCCCCAUUUUGAAACUUGUGAAUGUGCUGUGAUGAUAAAAGAAACUGGGACGCUCCAUUUUCAGUACAGGACCAUCAACGGAAGCCAACAUUUUCCUUCACAUCCGAGGCAGCUCAGAAGAUUCUUGAUCUUGUACCUGAUCUGGUUGUACUGGAUGAACUUAAUUUUACAAAAGUUGUGUGUGGACGGAGGGUUACAGGUUUCAUCAUACACUCCUCCGUUAAUAAACUCAGAGACAUA